GCCAUAUGAAACUAAUGGCUGGGACACUGCUAACUCCUGGUAACCUCUUCACCUGAGAGAUCAUGAGCAUCUGCUAGCAAAAGACGUGUCGCCAUAUCUGUUAUAAGGAAAGUUGGUUCUUCUUAAUGCCGCCGCCGCAGCUUUCAGGAAACUGUGGGACCACAUCUGUGCUCAGUUGACCUCAUAUUAGCCCCCCGGAGGCAUUGCCAAGGGAGGAAAAGAUGGCUUUGCAAGAUGAGCAGCAAAUAAGAACAGCAAGUUCUGACAACCACUCUUUGGUAACAGUGAAUAUACACUCUGAUCGACUACCUAGAUCUAAUCUUCAGCCAACUGCACUAGAUGCUGCUGCCCUUCAGGAAAAGUAUCCCAUAGAGCAGCAGAAGUUCAAAAUGCAGGUGCUCAAGCAGCCCAAAUGUGGGCCUACAUGGAAUGGAUUGGAGGAACAAGGAGACCAGGUAGGGAGUCCUGAUAGAGCUCAAAGCAGCAGCACUCCAACUGUGUCCUCACAUCAGUGUUUUCCUUUUCCAAUAUGUCAGCAGCAGAAAGCCUUGGGAUCACCUUGCUUCAGUUGCCUGAGCAGUUUUCGAAUCUUUGUAAUUUAUCACAGCAGCCUCAUCUCACUCUACCUCUGCCUCCAAAUGCUCAUAUCGGUUGCAGGAGCAUUUCAGGUUGAGGGGCCCUGUGUACCCUUGGUGGUCAGGCCUGGUGGUGAAGCUAAGCUGCGCUGCUCACUCUGGCCUCCUCAAAAUGUUGGAAAUAUGCAAAUAACCUGGACCAAAUCCCCACACCACCAGGUGGUGCACCUGUACAAAGAUGGGAGUGACAAGCCUCAGAAAGCCUCACCUAAGUAUUUUGGGAGGACAAAGCUUGUGAGAAAUGCCACGGAUAAUAGUACUGUGACCCUGAAAAUAUGCAAUGUCCAGUCCUCUGACAGUGGGCAGUAUCGCUGUGCAUUCCAGCAUGGCUCUGACUACAAUGAUACAAUGAUUGAGCUGAGAGUGGAAGGUGCUGCAUACUUCAGUAAGCUUGCCAUAAGCUUCAUAGUUUUAGUUGUGAUAGUACUGCUAAUACUGUUUUUAAUUGGAUGUAAAAAAAGAAACGAGCUCAAAAGCUGGUGCAAAAACAGAAGCAGCAAAUCUCAGCCCAGCCCCAGCCAGGCCAUCCAACACCCAUAUGUUCCCGCCCCCAACACUGAUCCAGAAGAUGAUGAACUGCACUCCGUUGCCACCAAUGGCAGUGCCGACACAUCCACCACCACAGUGGACACCCAUGAUGCUAUCCCUGGUGAAACCUCCACCAACCCCACUGAGGACCCCUACCCCUCAGGCACCACCACUGUGAACACUUUACUUACUGCUGACUCUGAGUCAGCCAAUGCCUAUGACUCCAAGGCCCAUGACUCCACCUACUGUGACUCCUAUGACUCCGCCUCCCCAGAUGCAGAGGCCUGUGGCUCUGCCCAUGCUGCCCUCCUGGCUGCCGAGGACAAGAACGAGCUCCUGUCCAAAUACGACUCUCAGAAGCAGGUGGAAAUGCAGGUCUUUGCCGUGAACUGGCAGGUAUACAACCCUGAGUAUCACUAAGGCUCAGUGACCCCAGGGCUUCUGGGUCAGCCAGUGACUGCUCAAGCCCAGGGUAGGCUCAAGAGUAACACCCCUCCUACCAGGAGGAGGCAAGCUACUGUGGCCCCUCUUGUAGAGGGUCUCCCGACAUCAUCGUAUCAUGUGAGAUUUUGGGGCUUUCUGUGAGAAUUUUAGGGGAAGGUUUUAGCAGAUAUUCACUAGUUUUCCAAGUGCAUUUUUAAAAAAUAUGCUGAUGUGUCAAAAUGAGCAUGUAGGGAAAUAUUCUUUGGUUCGUUAUGUUGUUUUGUCUUGGGUCUGUCUGGCUUUUAAUGAGUUUUAUGUUAUUUGUUCCACUGACUUCAUCUGCCCUUGGGGUUAGCGGGCAUAUAAUUGCGCCUCUGGUCUCUGUUUCCCAGGCCAGGGAGAUUUAAGCUAUGUAUCUUUGGUUAGGGAGGACAGGUAUAAGCCAUUUAUUCUCUAGUGUUCUUAUGGUUAAUGAGGGAGAAUGGUUCAUCUUCAGUAAUUUCUUUAAGCUAACAAGGGGCAUGGGCCCUUCCUACUUAGAGUAUGGAAGUCUCCCUGCCUGCUCUAAGGUAGACAAGGGACUGGGUUUGAAACUGGAACAGAGAGGCCAUUGGCCCAUUUUUCCAAAGUGAGGCAGAAUCCCUGAAGCCACCAGCAUCCUGAUACGGAAUUGUUGUGUCCUAGAAGUGACAAAUUUGAUGAGAAGGUUACAAAGACAUGGUCCAAAGACAAGGAGAACUAUAACUGUUAAGGGAACAAAGAGUGGUGAAAACCAAGUGAUGGAGGAGAAAGCAGACUUUACAGUAUUCCAGACUGAACUGGCAGUAGGGUUCCCCUUUCCAAGGUUAUGGUGUCACAUUGCCUGGUCAUAGGUUUUCAGUUUUGUUUUUUAAUGUCUUCCUCUACUUGGCUUGAAGAUCUGAUAUAAGUCCAAACCUAGGUAAGAUUUCUUUUAGUAAAUACUUGGCUACCUCAGUAACCUUUUCUGUUCUGGUAGGAGAGAUUUUAACUCAUCUGGUGAAAGUGUCCAUAAAUAUUAGCAAAUAUUUAAAUUCGGCUUUAGAGAGCAUCUGAGUGAAAUUAAUUUGCCAAUCUUCCCCAGGGUAGGUGUCUUGCUGUCCUAUUGGUGAUAAAAGAAGGGGAGAGGUGACUCUGAGGGUUAUAGUGGUUUAUGGCUAGAAAAGAUGUCCCUUUCUAAUACGGGAAUGGGCACCUCUGAACUAUGAGAAAGGCAUGAUUAACCCUGCUGAGGUCACAGCUGACCUGAGAGGUACAAACUCUUAAAUAUUGUUACAAAUUUUGGGUGUAUAAGUUCAAGGUCAUGACUAGCUCUGCGGUUGUUCUUGACUAUUUUUAAGCCAUAACGUUUAAGUCGACAGUAUAGUUAUAGCACGUGUUUCGUAAGGGCGUAUGAUAUUCGAUAGUAAAUUGUAUCUAAGCAAUACAAUUUCAAACUCCGAACUCCAAAGUCAGUGGUGGUGUUUUUGUGCUGGAUUUUUUUUCUUUUCCUGAAUUUUGAAGUCAGCAUUGUAGAGAUUUUUCAUUUCCCAUUGAAAGUGGCUGGAAAAACAUACCGAUUCAAUAAUCCAAGAUAUGUUGAAGAACUUCAGCCAAUGCUACUUGAGUCCCAUGAUGAGAAUGAUAGAGUCGACUAUGAAAAUGAGAGUGAUUUAUAAGAUGCAAAUUAUGCGGAAGUUCAUUCAGAAGAUUCGCAUAGUUAGCAAGAUAUUUCUAGUGAAGGUGAAUUAGACAUGAAUGAAGAGUUUUGGUCGGGGCGGUUGGAAAGGAUAAAGAAUCAAAAUGGAGGAAAAAUCCAAUAAGAGACAAAUUAGAAAACAGUUGCAGAAUAUUUUUGUGUCAACUUCUGUUAGUUUGACCAAACACAAAAAAUGCCAAGACAGAACUUGGAACCUGGAACUGCUUUAUCGCAAAUGAUAUUUUAGAUCUAAUGGCGUUAUAUACAGAUAAAUACAUCAAUUGUAACUUGUGCCAGUUUUCAUGAGAAACAGGUGCUAAACAAAUACACGAAACCGAACUAAAGCCUCUUUAGGCCUCAUCUCGCUGAUUUACAUUGCAGCAAUCUGCUGAACUUGCAGGAUUUGGGGCCUACAGAUGGUAAUAGGAUUGAAUUUUUUAGACUUACAAAAUGUUUACGGAGGUUUAGAUUUAUUCAUAGUUAUAUCAGGUUUGAUGUCAAACUUACCCACUUAGAACACCUGAAAGUGGGCAAAUUAGUGGCUGUGAGAGACCAGCAUUUAUAGAAAAUUGUACAUUGUUACUCUGUGUGACAGGAUGUAACAAUAGACGAAAUGUUACCUGGAUUAGGGACAUUUUUUGUUGUAUUUUAUACCGACAUCCAUGUUUCCAUUAUUUGAAAAGUUGUAUUCUUUGCGUUUUCA